AUGGCCACUCUUUUUACGAAAAAUUUGGACGACAGUGAAUGCAUUUAUCUUGCUCGGUUAGCCAUGGAGGCAGGCAAAUUUGAUCCAACGGCUUAUUUUAUGCAGAAACUAGUGCUUUCUUCAAGUCGUAGUCCGAUGGAGCUCAACAUUGAGGAGAGGAAUCUCCUUUUUGUGGGACAAAAGAGCGUGAUUGACUCCCUCCGAGGAAGCCGGCAGUCCUUCUUGGAGGCCCAACAGAAGGAGAGGGAGAAGAAUUCCGCUUCUAGAUAUCUUGUCCUUAUUGAAAAAUAUAUAUCCGAUGCUGAAUACCAGUUAUCUAAAGAAUGUAAUAACAUGCUGGAACUGUUGGACUUCCGCCUGCUUCCUGGAGCUCAGACUACAGAGGACAGGGUCUACUAUAAUAUGAUGAUAGGGGAUUAUCAUGGAUAUCUAGCUGAUUUCAAGGCUGGAAUGAAAAGUUAUAUUGCUGCUGAAGCUGCCUGGACAGCUUACCAGAAUGCUCAGGUAGCGGCUAUUGACCUUGCUGCCACUAAUCAAACAAACUUGAGUCUGGCACUCAACCAAUCUGCUUUCCUUUAUGAUUUUUGCGACAAACCUUAUGAAGCAUCUGAGAUAGCGAAGAAGGCUUAUGAAGAGGCAGCUGAUGAGCUGGUGAAGACUCUGGGAAAAGGACCCUACGGAAACAGCGGCACAACAGUUGUCAUGAAACUUAUAAGAGACAACCUCAUGGCUUGGGAGUCGGAGUACCCGGGCCAGUUGCACCGGAGGCCAUGGCGUCCCCUAUUCUUCACUGAACCGCCUACGCCGAACUUUUGA